UGUGGCAUGUAGUAUAAAAGCGCUUUGAGUGGUUGGAAGAUUGGAAGGCGCUAUACAAGUACAGGUCCAUUUACCAUAUACACUAUAUGUAAUGUGCAGUACAAUUGAGUGCAAAAUAUUUUAAGCAGCUUGACUAAAACAAAACUGUUGUGCAACUUAAGACAAAUAAUGUUAGGUUGAACUAAAAUCAGUCUUAGUCAGUGGAGGUGCUGUGGUUGUGGAGGUUUGGAGGUACUGGGAGCUGUGGUUUUAGAGGUUGGAGGUACUGGUGGAGAAGAUGAACCCUGGCCACUACAGACUGGUAGAAACAUCCGUAUACCGAUGUGCACACGUCGAAGGACCUGACCGUCCUCAGAAAGAACAGUCCUUUGCUGUAGAGGGUAUUGUUAAGUGUCACCCCCAGGAACUUGUAGGUGUCCACCAUCUCUACCUUCUCCCCCCUAAUCUCAACUGGGGAGGGGGUCCUCUUGCUGCGCCGGAAGUCCACCACCAGCUCUUUGGUUUUCCCUGUGUUGAGCUGUAGGUGUUUUCUGUCGCACCAUCUAGGGAAGUUCUGGAUCAGGUCUCUGUACUCCUGCUCCCUAUCAUCUGUGAUACAGCCGACAAUUGAGGAGUCAUCAGAGAACUUCUGUUGGUGGUACGCUCCACAGUUGGAACAGAAGUCAGAGGUGUAGAGGGUUAACAGAAACGGUGACAGUACGGUUCCUUGCAGCGUGCCAGUGAUGCUCAUCACCACAUCUGACAUAUUGUGGUCUGUCUGUGAAGUUUGUGCAAGGCUGACAGUUUUUCUGGUGUUUCAGGGUGAACAGGACCAGCAGUUGGUCUUCCACAGGUUGUCAUCUGAUCAGCAGUAAUCAAACUCACGUCACCUGUCGCUGUGUUGAGCCAUCCAGCAUUGCUGUGGUGAUGGAUGUUUCCAGGAGAGAGCGUGAGGAUGUUCUUCCUUUGAGGCUCGUCACUUUCACCUGCUUCUCCUCCUCGCUGCUGCUCCUCCUUGUCACCUUUGUCCUCCUCCUGGUCCUCACAGACCUGCGCUCCAACCUGCACAGCAUCCACCUCAACCAGGUGACCUCGGUCUUCCUGUCGCAGCUCUUUUUCUUGCUUGCCAUUGACCAAACACAGAACCAGUCCGUGUGCAGGCUGGCGGCCAUCUUGCUGCAUUACUGCCACAUGUGUUCAUUCUGCUGGAUGUUGGUGGAGGAGCUGCACGUCUACCGCAUGAUGACUGAGAUCCGCAACAUCAACCACCGUCACAUGACCUUCUAUUACGCUAUUGGCUGUGGCCUCCCUGCCUUCAUCAUAGGUCUUUCUCUGGGUCUGGAUCCUGGUGGUUUUGGGAGCUCAGAGUUCUGCUGGUUGUUCGUUCAGGACUCUGGGAUAUGGAGCGCUGUCGGACCUGUUGCCGCGGUCCUCACGGUUACCAUGGUGACGUUUGUCCUGGCAGUUAAACAGCUGAUAGACAGACAAGCUCUGAGAUGACUGCUGCUCUCAGGUCAGUAUGACUGUUUAUAAUCUGCCUGCACCUGCUGCCGGCAUGUCCCUGCCUGGAGCCGGCGUGUGCCACUGGUUCACAUUGUAACACUAAUGAUUUGGUUAUGGUAGAACAGAGCAACCCUGAGGAGCAACAGGCCUCUGUGGCUGCAGAGAACGUGAGUAAUUCUCAGUCUGCAGACACUGAGGAAGCUUCCAUCAGUGCAGACAGACACUGAGUCAAUGUACUGAAAAAAACUGGUUGGGUUUGACUUAUUGGAUGAAAAGAAACGCUUCCGUCUGAAAAAACAUCUCACUACUCUGAGAAAAGCAAUAAAAGAUAAAACUGCAAAAAGGACAAGAAGGUAACAUGACCAUGUACCACACUGUGAUUUCCUCUUUUUACCAUUCCUUGUUUGUUUUCUUUGUACCUGUUUCUCCUCUCCGACCUCUACAUGCCUAAAAUUAGGAUCUUUAAACAUUAAUGGUGGGAGAGACGGACAUAAAUUAAUAUCUGAAGUCUCUACUCAGAAAAGGAUGUUGUUUUUACAAGUAACGCACAGUAAUCCAGCAAACGAGGUAGACUCGAAUUUAUGGUGGGAGGGUCUGUGUGCCCUCAGCCAUGGCACUAACUUCAAUGCAUGGGUCGCUGUUCUGUUCAGAGCAACUGCAAAUGCAACAGUUUUAUCUUCUGCUGAAGUGGUGAAGGGUCGGCUGUUGGUUGGGCAGAAAUAAAGAACUCUGUAAUCUGCUUCGUAAACAUAUAUGCCCCAAAUCAGGGAGCAGAAAGAGUUUAGCUACAUAAUGAGCUAAGGAAUUACCAUGAGGAUCAUUUAAUCAUAGGUGGGGAUUACUGUGGACCGGACAAG